AUGAACCGUCCGUCUCGGCCACCGACUUGCCAAUUGUGCCGCAAGUCCGGUCACAACGCGUCUCAGUGUUACCAUCUUGCAUCCUAUGCUGCCACCGCUCCUUCGGAAGAGCAUUUGGCACAAGCUUUCCAUGCUCAGUGUCAGUUAGACCCAAAUGUUCCAGACUGGACUUCUGAUACGGGUGCGUCCUCACAUAUGUUACCCUCAAACUCUACUCUUCCAAAUGCCACACCAACCCAAGGUAAUCAACCCUCUACCAUAACAUCCUUUGUCUCAUGUCUUAACAAAGAAUUUGCUAUCAAGGAUCUUAGGAAACUCAACUAUUUUUUGGGUUUGGAGGUUACCUACACCCCACAUGGACUUUUCUUGAAUCAAUCUAAAUAUACCAUAGAUAUUUUAAAUCGUGCUAAGAUGUUGGAUGCAAAACCUGCACAAACACCCUUAAGCACCAAUGCUAAUUUUGUUUCUGCAGGUGAUCCUUUUCCGGAUGCUACUCACUAUAGGUCCAUCGUAGGUGCUCUCCAAUAUUUGAUGAUCAUGAGACCUAACAUAUCUUACGCAGUGAAUCAAGUUAGCCAGUUCUUGCAUGCUCUUACCGUUGCCCACUUUCAGGAGGUUAAAAGAAUUCUGCGCUAUCUCAAAGGAACCAUUGCCUUUGGAUUACAUUACCGUCGUCCCACACAUACAACUCUUAUUGGAUACUCAGAUGCAGAUUGGGCUCGAUGCUUGGAAACUAGACAUUCUACUUAUGGAUACUCUAUGUUCUUGGGGGGUAAUCUUAUUUCUUGGAGUGCCAAAAAGCAACCAACUGUUGCUCGCUCCAGUUGUGAAUCCGAAUAUCGGGCUAUGGCCAACACUACCGCGGAAAUUGUUUGGAUAACCCAUCUUUUACAGGAGUUGCAUGCUCUACCGCAGGAACGUCAAACUAUACUAUGUGACAAUCAAAGUGCACAUUUUCUUACUCAGAAUCCUGUGUCACAUAAGAGGGCAAAACAUAUUGAUCUUGAUUAUCAUUUCUUACGUGAACUAGUCGCUGCAGGGAAACUGAUCACUAAGUUUGUUCCAACCAAGCUUCAGGUGGCUGACAUCUUCACCAAAAGUCUUCCAAGUUCUCAAUUCUGUGCGUCUCGUGAUAUGCUUUGCAUUGGUCCGCCACCGUUUAGCUUGCCGGGGGAUGUUAGAUAA